UUAUUUCUUAAAAAAUAAAACUAUUGAUAUUAAUUGACAUUUAUAAAUAAAAAACAUUAUUUUUCAUUACAGAACUCACCUUCUAAUACUCCAGAUGAUAAUUUCGUAGAAGAUAUAGUAGAUGAACCACAAGUAAUGUUAAAAUCUAUAUUAAAUGAUAUGGAUAUAUCAAAUGUUGUUGAAACUUGGAAAAUUUGUCAAGUAGGAGGUAUUUCUCAAAAAGAAAAUUUAGUAGUUCUUUUUAAUGAUGGAUCACAUAUUUGUACUUGUUUGGAAACAAUUACAAAAGGAAUAAUUUGCCACCAUUUUUGGAGAGUUAUGCUUUAUUCUAAUACAGCAAAAUUUCAUAUUAGUAUUAUUCCUAUUAGAUGGUACAAAGAUGAUAUUUUAAAGAAAUUAAGUAGUAGUAUACUUGAAAAUUCACCUGUUCUUACAGCAGUAGAAUCAUCUGAUACAGCAAUGCUACAUACAGUAGAUUUUACUCUUCAAAGUUUGAAAAAGCAUUUUCAAGGAUCUUAUAAUAACAAAAUUAUUCAACAAAUUAUUCCUAAAAGAAAUAAAUUUGGAGUAGCAUUUUCAACUGCAAAGACUGCAAUUAAUAUUGCAUUAGAAACUGGAUGUGAUAACGAAUUAGUAAAAUUGUUAAGAGAUUUUAUUUCAACUAAACAAAGAAGUCGAAAUGCAGUUGAUUUAGAAAAUAAUAUGGAAGUAGAAAAUAUUGAACAUGACGAAAAUCAAAAUAAUAUACUUCCUUUACAACAACAACUAAUUGAUAUAACAGCAGAUCCUUAUGUUACUAAAAUUCGGGGAGCUCCUUGUAAAAAAAGAAUGAAGAGUAGUAUUGAAGUGAUGGGAAGAAAAAAGGUAAUGCAUGAAACUUAAAAUCAUGUUAAUGUACAAGAGACUGAUAAUAGUGGAGGAACAUCAAAGUCGCAACGAAAAUGUUUGUUAUGCAAAAAACCGGGACAUUAUCAAAAGAAAUGUCCAAGUAUAAGAGAGUAAGACAGCAAGUGUGAUGUUAAUGUAACGAUAAGAUGCAGUGCAUGAUAUAUAUAGAGCGAACGAGAAAUUGUACAAUGUUGCGAUACGUUUUUUAGGGGGAAGAGAAAAAUCUAUAUAAAGAACUGCUGUCCACAGGUGGGUGGAAAUUUUUUUUUUUAUUCAUUGCUUCUAAUGAAACUUAAUCAUUUUUUACUCAAUAAUCAUAAUAAAAUAUUCAUUAGAAAGAGG